AUGACAAGUCCUCAUAUUAAACCAAAGCAGGGUUCAGAUGAUCCAAUUUCUCCAUCUUCACCAAAUAUGUAUCUAGGAAAUGGUGUACAACAGCAGCAACAACAAGCACCUACAUCACCAUCUAAACUAUUAGGACAAACACCAAAAUCAGAAGCAAUACCAUUGACCAAGAAUACAUCCCUACGAAGAAGUGCUAGCAGUAGAUUCCAUGAAAAGUCAAAGGUUGAGCUUCAACAAAUUCCUGGUUUUCAUGAUGUUCCACCUGAAGAGAGACAAUCAUUAUUGAUAAAAAAGUUAAAGCAAUGUUGUUAUGUUUUUGAUUUUUCAGAUACAGAGUCUGACAAGUCAUCAAAAGCAAUUAAACUGGAAGCACUCUUACAAUGUGUCGAAUUCCUUUCAACAAACAAAGAGGUUAUUAGCGAACCUAUAUACGAAGCUGUUUUUGAAAUGGUUGCAUCUAAUCUCUUUAGACCAUUACCACCAAGAAUCAACCCCUAUGGUGUCAUGUAUGACCCAGAAGAAGAUGAACCUAUCCUUGAACCAGCAUGGAUGCACAUACAAAUAGUAUAUGAACUAUUGUUAAGAUUUGUAGAUUCUACCAAUUUCAAUACUCAUAUUGCAAAGAAUUAUGUUGACCAAAAAUUUGUUUUACAAUUAUUAGAUUUAUUUGAUAGUGAAGAUCCAAGAGAAAGAGAUUAUUUGAAAACAACACUACAUAGAAUCUAUGGAAAAUUUAUAGCUUUGAGAGGUUAUAUAAGGACUGCUAUAAGAGACUUAUUUUGUACAUUUGUAUAUGAAUCAUCGCAACACAAUGGAGUAUCAGAGAUUUUAGAGGUUUUGGGAAGUAUUAUUAAUGGAUUUGCAGUUCCACUAAAAGAUGAACACAAGCAAUUCCUCACCAAAGUACUUUUGCCUCUACACAAACCAAAGUCAUAUUCCAUCUAUUGCUCGCAACUUGGUUAUUGUAUUUCUCAAUUUUUGGAAAAGGAUCCAAUGUUGGCAUUAACAAUCUUUAAAAGUAUUCUACGUCAAUGGCCUAUAGGAAAUAGUCAAAAGGAGGUUCUAUUUUUAUACGAGAUUGAGGAUUUGUUGGGUUCGAUACGAGACGAACAACAAUUUACAGAAAUACAACAAAUAUUAUUUAAACAAUUGGCACGUUGUUUUCAAAGUGAACAUUUCCAAGUCGCUGAAAGAUCACUACUCUUGUUGAGUAAUGAGCAUAUAGUUGGUUUGCUCUCUUCUAAACGAUCAGUACCUUUGGCUUUGAAUUAUUUUUAUAAAAUUCUACAUGACAAUGCAAAUAAUCAUUGGAACAAGACAAUAAGAAGCUUAUCUUUUAAUUCAUUAAAAUUAUUUAUGGAAAUUGAUCUUGAAACAUUUAAUAGUAUAUCAUGUAAAGUUAUGGAAGAAGAGAGGGCAAAGAAGAGACAACAAUCCAUCAUGGAGGAUCAAAGAGCAAGACUUGCUCAUCAACAACAACAACUACAAAUGCAACAACACAUGCAACAACAAAUGCAACAACAACAACAACUACAACAACAAAUGCAACAACACAUGCAGCAACAACAACAACCACAAACUCAACCAUCCAAGGCAUCAAUGAUUAGAAGAAAAUCAUUGUUGCCUGUAGAUCCAUCAACAAUAGCAGCAUUGUCGAGUCACAGAAGUCUAGAAGAUAUAGUUCAUCAUAGCAGCGAUAGCGAAAUGAAUUGCACCGAUGACAACAAUGCUGACCAGCAACCAAACAAUGAUUACAAUGGUGAUCAUAAAACCUCUACUUCAAAAAUGAUUUUUUAA